AAAAAUUUUCUCAUUCUUACUCGGACUAUUAUAUAAUAGAGAAGCAAAAUAAGGAAAAUUUUUUCUCCAUUUAAAAUUAAUGUGGUGUGAUUAGUGAGAAUAUAAUAAUUAGUGGUGCUCAUUUGGCGGGUCUAUACAUUUUGGAUAUUCAGCCUAUUAAAGAUGAGCGAAAAUAAAACGACAACCACCGUUUGCAAUGGCAAACGAGUCAUUGCCGAAAGUCCUGAUGAGGAAAUUGUCAUUUCCGGUAUCGCCGGAAGAUUUCCCGAUUCCGAUGAUGUGAAACAUUUUAAGGAAAAUUUGUUCAAUAAGGUAGAUCUUAUUUCGGACGACGAUCGACGAUGGAAAUUGGAUCAUCCGGAAAUUCCCCAAAGAACUGGAAAAGUGAAUAAUGUUGGAAAAUUUGAUUCCGUCUUCUUUGGAGUUCACUUCAAGCAGGCACACACCAUGGAUCCAAUGUGCCGAAUGCUGUUGGAACACACGUACGAGGCAGUCAUUGAUGCUGGAGUUAAUCCUCGAAAAUUGCGUGGCACCAGAACAGGUGUCUUCAUCGGCGCAUGUUUUUCCGAAUCUGAAAAAACUUGGUUCUACGAAAAACUGCAGGUAAAUGGAUUUGGUAUCACAGGAUGCAGUCGAGCUAUGCUUGCAAACCGAAUAUCUUACUGGUUGGGAAUCAAUGGUCCCAGUUAUACUGUCGACUCAGCUUGUAGCUCCAGUUUAUUUGCGAUGGAACAUGCAUACAGAGCGAUUCGUGAUGGUCUUUGUGAUGCUGCAAUUGUCGGCGGCUCCAAUCUUUGUCUCCACCCCUACGUAUCCCUUCAAUUUUCGCGUCUUGGUGUCCUAUCACCUGACGGACGAUGCAAAUCAUUCGACGUCGAUGCGAAUGGUUACACUCGCAGUGAAGCUAUCAGCGUAGUUUUUCUGCAAAAGGCCAAGGAUGCAAAGAGAGUCUAUGCAACUUAUGUGUACGCUAAAACAAAUUGCGAUGGUUACAAGGAACAAGGAAUCACAUUCCCCUCAAGUGUUAUGCAAAGUGUCCUUCUGCAGGAAUUUUAUCAAGAUUGUGGAAUUCCCCCGACAAUGUUGAAUUACGUAGAGGCCCAUGGAACUGGAACAAAAGUUGGAGAUCCUGAAGAAGUGAAUGCUCUUGAAAAGGUUUUCUGUCCUGGACGAACAACUCCGUUGAAGAUUGGUUCCAUCAAGUCCAAUAUGGGACACUCUGAACCUGCCAGUGGUCUCUGCUCGGUCGCUAAGGUGGUCAUUGCGAUGGAAACUGGUUUUAUUCCUCCAAAUUUGCAUUACAAUAAACCGAGGGAAGGUGUAAAGGCCUUGGAAGAUGGACGCAUCAAGGUUAUAACCGAAUUAACACCUUGGGAAUUGGGCUACGUGGGAAUUAAUUCCUUUGGUUUUGGUGGAGCAAACGCUCACAUUUUACUUAGAUCGAAUCAAAAAGAGAAGGUCAACAAUGGAGCACCUCCGGAUGAUUUACCUAGGCUCGUUGUUGUUUCCGGACGAACCGAAGAAGCUGUUCACACAUUACUGAAUGAUAUCGAAAGCCGUCCGGUAGAUGUCGAGCACGUGAGACUGCUUCAUGAUAUUCAUUCUGAGGACAUUCCGAGUCAUUUGUAUAGAGGAUAUUCCAUAAUGGGAGGAAAAGACGUUGGAAGCAGUCCGAUUAAAGAAAUUCAACAUUUCCCGGGCAAUAAACGACCCGUUUGGUUCGUCUUCGCCGGAAUGGGUUCCCAAUGGCCUGGAAUGGGAGAAGCACUUAUGCGUUUCCCCAUUUUCGCUGAAGCUGUACGAAAAUGUGACGCUGUUCUAAAACCCCGUGGUGUUGAUAUUUACAAUAUUCUGACAAGCAAGGACAAGAAGAUAUUUGACAAUAUUCUUAAUUCUUUUGUUGGAAUUGCAACUGUCCAGAUCGGUUUGGUUGAUUUGCUGACAUCCGUGGGUAUUACACCGGACUAUAUAAUCGGUCAUUCUGUCGGAGAAUUGGGUUGCGCUUACGCCGAUAAAUGCUUCACUGCCGAACAAAUGGUACUUUGUGCUUAUUCCCGAGGUCUCGCCUCUAUUGAGACUGAAGUUGUGAGAGGAUCAAUGGCCGCCGUUGGUUUGGGAUACGAAGAUUUGAAGGAUUUGUGCCCUCCUGAUAUUGAAAUUGCCUGUCAUAAUUCAUCAGACAGUGCGACCAUCAGUGGACCAGCGGAAUCAAUGAAAAAUUUUGUUGCCCAAUUACAGGCGAAUCAAAUCUUCGCCAAGGAAGUUCCCUGCAGCAAUAUUCCCUACCACAGCAAGUACAUUGCUCCAAUGGGUCCAAAAUUGUUGGCCUACUUGAAAAAGGUGAUUCCAAAUCCAAAAGCACGCUCCAACAAAUGGCUCAGUUCGUCAGUACCAAGAAGUGAAUGGAAUUCGACUCUCGCACAAUUGUCGUCGGCAGAAUAUCACACGAAUAAUCUCUUGAGUUCAGUACUUUUCGAAGAAACCAGUGCCGCCAUUUCUAGGGAUGCAGUGACUAUUGAGAUUGCACCGCACGGUCUUUUGCAGGCAAUUCUGCGAAGAUCACUCGCUCCAAGUGUUGUUAAUGUGGCUCUAACUAAGCGUGGCUAUAAAGAUAAUGCAGAAAUGUUUCUUCAAGGUCUCGGAAAAUUGUACAAUAUUGGUCUUCAACCCGAGUUACACAAUAUCUAUCCUGAAGUUCAAUAUCCAGUUAGUCGUGGCACUCCUAUGAUUUCGCCGCUUAUUCGUUGGGAGCACUCCGACGAUUGGUAUGUAACUUCUUAUCGAAUGCAAGAGAAGAUUGUAUCGGGAGAGAGAAUAGUUGAGGUGACUCUUUCCGAUGAGGACUUUGAAUACAUGUCUGGACAUGUGAUUGACGGGAGAAAUCUUUUCCCGGCUACUGGAUAUUUGACUCUUGCUUGGGAAACCGUUGGAAUGAUGAGAGGAGAAUUGUACACUGAAGUUUCGGUGGUAUUCGAGGAUGUUAAAUUUUUGAGAGCGACGUCUAUUCCAAAGGAGGGCAGCAUUGAAUUAACGGUCAUGAUACAGAAGGGUACUGGAAGAUUUGAAGUAAUCGAAGGCGGCGUAGCAGUCGUGACAGGAUUUAUCCGGGCGACACAAAAUCCAUCUGAUGAGAGAAUUAAUCCUGACCUAACGCCCAAAUUAGAGAUGGAUGAAGAUAUGCAGACUAGAGAUGUAUACAAGGAGUUGAGACUUCGUGGUUAUCAAUACUCUGGAUUAUUCCGCAGCAUAAAAAGUGCUUCGAUAAAAGGAGAGAAGGGCCACAUCGCUUGGGCCAAUAAUUGGGUUGCUUUUAUGGACAACAUGCUGCAGAUGCAAAUCUUAGGUUCCGAUACCAGAGGACUCUUCGUUCCAACAGGAAUCCAGAAACUUGUGAUCGACACCAAAGUGCAUUUAAAUCAAAUUCGAGCAAUGGGUGAAGAGAAAGUAUUUCCCGUCUUCGUAUACAAGGAUUUCUCAGCUCUAGUUUCCGGCGGAGUUGAAGUUAGAGGUUUAAAGGCGAGUGCCAUCUCGCGAAGGAAGCCAGCCGGAGAGCCAGUACUCGAAGAAUACAAAUUUAUCGCUCAUCGUGAUCGAGCUGAAAUUCCGUUCCAAACGGCUAUUCGUAUCGCAACACACAUUGCGCUUGAAUGUCACUUGGGAAUUAAAGUAAAAUCAGUGGAAUUAGCAGACGAUGAGAAUAUUUCCAUCGAUGAUUUGGUAUCACCAAAAAUAUUGGAAACCCUCGGUGACAUGCCUCUUAUUCAAGCAGAUGUUAACAUCGGCACUACGAAAACUUUCGAGGAAAAUGAAGCUCUCACCAAUAUUAUUCUCAAUGAUCCAAAGAAAGUAGUAACAACCGAAGCAAAUGCUUUGAUUGCAAUUGGUCAUCAACUCUUUACGAAAAACAAAACCGAAGAUUUAAAGAAAUUGCUCUUCGCCGUGAAAGAUGGGGGUUUUGUAAUCAGCUGUGAAUCAAAUGAUGCAAUUAUUCCCGACUCUACCGAGAAUAAUGAUGCAGAUAUCGUACUCGAGAAAAAGACCGAGAAAGGUGUUGUAGUUUUACUUCGUAAACGAGACAGACUCAUUAAAUAUUCAUCUGUAAUAAAAAUAAACAACAGCGAAUUCUCUUGGGUUGAGGAAAUGAAAAAGACACUAAAAGCUGAGGCUGAGAAGGAUUUCAGUGGAAAUUUGAGAGUUGUUAUCGUGGCGGAAGGAGAUUUUGAAUCGGGAUUAGUUGGACUUGUUAACUGUUUGACCAAAGAGCCAGGCGGUGAAAUUGUCAGAGGUGUAUUAAUACAAGAUUCAAAAGCUCCUGAAUUCUCUAUAAAUAAUCCGUUCUAUUUGAAACAAUUGAAAAUGGACUUGUCGGUUAAUGUUCUACGUCCUGGAAAUUGUUGGGGUUCUUACAGACACUUGCAGUUACCACCAGUAGAACCGAAACUCAUCCGUCACUUGUGGAUGAAUCAAUUGGUGAGAGGAGAUUUAAGUUCCCUGUCAUGGCUCGAAGGACCACAUCCACCGGGUUUCAAACACGACGAUCUAGUUAAAAUCGUCUACGCUCCUUUAAAUUUCCGAGAUAUUAUGCUGGCCACUGGAAAACUAGCCGUAGAAGUUGUGGCAAAAACCAGGCAAUUACAAGAUUGCGUCAUUGGAUUUGAAUACUCUGGCAUUGAUCCCAAAGGCCAACGAAUUAUGGGCAUGUUGAACAGCCGGUGCCUCUCUAAUAUGCGUGUGAUAGACAGAAAUCUCUGUUGGGAAGUUCCCCACAAUUGGAGUUUAGAAGAUGCGGCAACAGUUCCUUGCGUUUAUGGCACUUGCGUCUAUGCGCUUUAUUUGAGUGGAAAGAUGAAGAAAGGCGAUAAGGUCUUGAUACACGCUGGUACCGGUGGUGUUGGCCAAGCGGCUAUAAAUCUCGCUCUUUAUGAGGGUUGUGAAGUUUUCACCACUGUUGGAACACCGGAAAAACGGAAAUUCAUUAGAGAACACUUUCCACAAAUUCCUGACGAUCAUAUCGGUAAUUCUCGUGACACAAGUUUUGAGUACAUGAUUUUCCAACAGACCGAUGGUCGUGGUGUUGAUAUUGUUCUGAAUUCGUUGGCUGAGGAGAAAUUACUCGCUUCUGUGCGUUGCUUGGCUGACAAUGGUCGCUUCUUGGAGAUUGGAAAGUUUGAUCUUGUGGCGAAUAAUCCGCUGGGAAUGGAAAAUUUCUUAAAGGAGAUCAGUUUUCAGGGUGUGAUGUUGGAUAAUAUGUUUGAUUCUCCUGAUGAAAGGAAAAUUGAGUUGAAACAUCUUGUGGAUAAAUAUUUACGUUCGGGUGCUAUAAAACCAUUGACGAGGACUGUGUUUCCGAAGGAUCAAGUGGAAGCUGCUUUCAGGUACAUGGCAGCGGGAAAACAUAUUGGCAAGGUGAUGAUAAAAGUAUGCGAAGAGGAAGAUCCAGUGGAUGGUCUGGUUCCAGCUCUGCCCAGAUAUCACUGUUUGAAAGGUUGCAGUUAUAUUCUUCUUGGAGGUCUAGGUGGAUUUGGAUUAGAAUUAGCCGAUUGGCUAGUACUCCGAGGAGCAGAGAACUUGGUGUUGACGUCUCGAACAGGAAUAAGAAACGGUUACCAACGUAUGCGAGUAGAACUGUGGAGAAGCUAUGGAGUGAGAGUUGUCAUCGUCCCAGGAAAAGACGCAUCAAAGAGAGAAGAUUGUCAAUCAAUUCUCAAAACUGCAGCUGAACUUGGACCAAUUGAUGCAAUUUUCAAUCUGGCAGUAGUUUUGAAAGACAGUCUAUGGGAAAAUCAAACAGCCGAGACCUUUGAGGAGUCCUUCAGAUCAAAGGCUUGGAGUACAAAACUACUAGAUGAACUGUCGAGAAAAAUGUGUCCGAAAUUGCGUCACUUUGUUGUAUUUUCAUCAGUAUCUUGCGGUCGUGGUAAUGCCGGACAGUCGAAUUAUGGAAUGUCCAACUCCGUCAUGGAGAGGAUUUGCGAGAGGCGUCACGCUGAAGGUUUACCUGCUUUGGCCGUCGAAUGGGGCGCAGUGGGAGAUGUUGGUCUCGUGGCAGAAAUGCAGGAGGACCACAAGGAAUUAGUCAUCGGUGGAACUCUCCAACAGACCAUUCUAUCUUGUCUGAAGGAACUUGAUGGUUUUCUACGACAAGAUAAACCUAUUGUCGCGAGUAUGGUUGUCGCGGAGAAAAGAGCAGGAGGCGCUGGAGCGACAAACAUUGUCGACGCUGUCCUCAAUAUAAUGGGUCUGAAGGACCUGAAAACCGUGAGUCAACAAACUUCCUUAGCCGAGUUGGGCAUGGAUUCAAUGAUGGCUGUCGAGAUCAAGCAAACACUAGAGAGAGAAUUCGAAGUCUUCCUCACGGCUCAAGAUAUUCGUAGUCUUAAUUUCGCCAAACUCGUACAAAUGGCAAGUCAGGAUCAGGAAACCGAGAAGAAACUCGCAGCCGCCAAGGAUAAAAAUAAAAAUACAGAAUCAAUCGCCGGAAUGAGACUCUUAAUCCGUGUCUUGGGUACCGGUGAUCUCAAUCAAGACGAAGCUUACGAAUUACCAUCAAAGAAUGAACCAGGCAGACAGGAAGUUUACCUCAUUCCUGGAAUCGAAGGUUAUGGAGCUGUAUUUAAACCACUCACUGAAAAGAUGAAAUCACGAGCUAUUUGCCUGCAACUUGUCAAGAAUAUGAAAACGGAACUUUCCAUAAUUGAGAUGGCUAAGCAACUAUUACCCAUUGUACUCGAGAGAUCGAAGAAUCGUAGAGAUUUUGUCCUGGUAGGCUACUCGUUUGGAUGCGUCGUAACGAUAGAGCUUGCCAGGUUAUUAGAAAACGAAGGUUUUACCGGCAGAAUAGUACUUAUUGACGGUUCCCCGGAAAUUAUGAAAAAACUCGUUGAACAACAACUUCCUUCCACUCACAAGGGAGAAUUGGAAACAAACUUCCUUUUAGGUUUAAUGGACAUAAUGGCACCGAAUUUAAGUGGCGAAUUUCUCGUCAAAUUGGAAAAAUGUACAAAUUGGUAUCAAAAAUUGGAGGUAUUAACCAAUGAAGUGCCCAAUAAUCCAAUAAUGAAUGUCGCGCCAGAAGAUCAAAGAAAUAUUUGUACAGCUGUUUACAAUCGUCUAUUAGCAUUGCAAGCCUAUAACUAUGCAACAUUAGCACCUAUCAGAUCACAAAUUAUUCUCCUCAAGCCAUCGCAACCAACUCUUCGUGAAAUUUCAGACGAUUACGGUCUUCGAACGAUAACACGAGACAAAGUGGAGAUUUACACGCUGGAAGGAAAUCAUGUUACUAUCUUAGAACACGAUAAAAUAGCGUGUGCAAUCAAUGGUGAGCCUUUGGAGGAUGCAGAUACAUUUAAAGCAAGCAUAAUGGAAGACUCAAAUACUGUAAGAACUUCGAUAAUGAGCGACAAACCUAGUAGAACCUAAGCAAACUUUUUAAGGGCUUUCCAAAACAAUUGGGAGCUAUUUCAUUUUUAACAAAGAAAAAAAAUUAAAUCCAAUUUUAAAUUUUAUAUUCACAUUGUAUUUUUUUAAUUUAUGGGUUCAAUUUAAUGGUUUUAUAUAAAUAGCAUGAAAUUGUUUUCAAAUUGUCAAUUUUUUUUUGGUAUGAGGAGAGAAUUUAAAAUAUGUUCUAGAUUAAAAUAUUUUUUUAACUCUUAAUAAAAAUCUCAUUUAUUUAAAAAUUCACCUGGCAAGAUUGUAUAGAAUCUUUGUUUUCGAUAAUAAAUAGUUAUUUAUUAAAAUCAUUUAAAAAAAA